AUGCUUUUCACCUCGAGCUCAAGGCUCGCCCUGGCCGGUCUGGCCCUUAAUUGCGCGGUCUCUACUGCCAGCGAAAUCGACGUUCUCGACAAGAGACAGGACAGCUGCAAGGACGUGCAUAUCUUCCUCGCAAAGGGAAACAACGAACCCUACCCAGGCCGACAGGGCAAACUGGCCGGUGCGAUUUGUUACGGCCUGGACAGCUGCGACUAUGAGGACAUCCAGUACUACAACCCGGUGGACUCCCCCUAUUGCGACUCUGUCACCCAGGGUGUACAGGAUGGCGUCUCGCAGAUCACAGCAUAUGCUUCGCGCUGUCCGAAUUCGAAGCUGGUAGUCAGCGGUUACUCUCAGGGUGCCCAUGUCGUGGGCGAUGUCCUCGGUGGUGGCGGUGGUUACUUUUUCAACGAGUGCACCGAGCCAUCCGUUGGAGGCUUGGAUCCCACAACGAGUCCAGGAGACAAAAUUGUCGCAGUCACGCUGUUCGGUGAUGUUCGCCACACGGCUGGACAGCCAUACAACGUGUUAUCUGGCGCAGAUGCCAACGGUGCUGCCCCCCGGACUGACGGACAACUGACCAGCCUCAACCGCUACUCCAGCCUCCUCCGAUCCUACUGCGUGGCCACCGACCCCGUCUGCGCCGCUUCUUAUGGAUCUGACAACAGCAGCACUCAUUUGACCUACUUUGACAUCUACACCGAUGAUGCGGCGUCGUGGAUCAAGGAGAUGAUCAACAAGGCAGAGGAGAGCAGCUCAACAACCUCGUCCGUGGCAGCAUCUACGACGAGCACCGCCGGCACCGCGAGCACGAGCAGCGCCAGUGCUGCCGUUACCACCGCUGUUGGCUGGGCUCCGUAUGGAAACUCGACAGGCAACUCGACAACCAGCCACGCAUCCAUGUCUACAUCAGUCUUGGCCACCGCCGUGGGCACCUCUGGAGUUGCAACCGGUACUGCAGGCUCCGAGACGCCGUCAGCCUCUCCCACCGGCGUCGCGGUGCUCAACGGUGCCUCGCGUCUGCAAAGCGUUGGGGGUGUCGUUCUGUCCAUCAUGGGCUUCCUCGCUUUCUCCUUGUGA